CUCACUUUUUCCUGCCUCUGGGCUCUUUCUUUCCUCUGUUUCUGUCAUUGCCUCCGCAUAGAACAGUCGCGAGUGGUUUUUCCGCGACCGCGAGCCUUCCAGAUACCCAGAUAGAUUUUUCACUAUCUUUCGUUUUCACAGGCCGAGGCCGUCGAUUACGCCCUUUGACCGCCUUUCCUACCCCUCCCACUGCUUAAAUUCACCCUUUGUCUCGUACAAAGUGUUUCUCCCUUCUCCCUUCUGCCUACUUUCCCACUUCAAAAAUGGCCCCAGCAGCGACCGAAGCCGCUCCCCACAAUGCCUCGACUGUGAAGUCGGAAAAUUCGAAGUCGGUCAAGGUUCUCGAGGAGCUGGUCAAGAAAUUGAACAUCUCCAAGGGACAGGAUGAGAUCAAUGCUGCAUCUCUCGAUCUGGCGACCUUCAUCAACGGCGACAUCGAGGAAGCCGAUGCCCCCACCAAGGUCGUCGAGCUCCUAAAAAAGCAGUUGUCCAACAAGAAGGAUGCUGUCGUCCGCGAGCGUGCCCUCGACGCCAUCCGGGCCAUCGCCCAGCACUCCACCGUCUCCCCGGCUGUCGAGCCUUAUCUCGUUUCCCUCCUGCCGAACACGCUGGCCGCUGUCGGUGACAAGAUGAGCGCCGUCAAGGUCGCUGCUCAGACUGCUUCUGAGGCUAUUGUUGAGGCCGCGAACCCGAACGCCGUUAAGGCCAUCAUCCCCCCGAUAAUCCACUCUUUGAGGGGCGCUCAGAAGUGGCCUGAAAAGAUGACAGACCUGAAGUGCAUCGAGGUCCUCUGUAAGAGCGCUCCGGCCCAGCUUGCUUUCCGCGUCCCAGACCUAAUCCCCGUUGUCUCUGAGGCUAUGUGGGACACCAAGCCUGAAGUAAAAAAGACGGCUUAUGGCACUAUGGAGAAGCUCUGCGCUCUGAUUUCCAACAAGGAUAUCGAGCGAUUCAUUCCAGAGCUGAUCAAAUGUAUUGCGAAGCCGGAGAAUGUUCCCGAGACAGUCCAUCUUCUCGGUGCGACGACCUUUGUCACUGAUGUCCACGAACCAACACUUGCUAUCAUGGUUCCCCUCCUUGAGCGUGGUCUUGUCGAGCGCGAGACUGCCAUAAAGCGAAAGGCGGCCGUCAUUGUCGACAACAUGUGCAAACUCGUCGAGGACCCCCAGAUCGUCGCAUCGUUCUUGCCCAAACUCAUGCCCGCUCUCGAGAAGAACUUCGAUACCCUCGCUGAUCCCGAAGCCCGUGAGAAGACCCGCCAGGGUCUUGAUACUCUCAUUCGCGUCGGCCAUGUCAAGGAUGGCAUCAUCCCCGAAAUCUCUAAAGCUGGUGAUAUCUCCACGGUUUCCGGCAUCUUCAAGCUAGUCGUGCCUCCCAAGUACAAAAUCGACGAGAAAUUCGAGCCCAUUGUUAAGUAUAUUGGGGCUAUCGGUGGUCAGCUCAUUGACGAGAAGGAUACUGAGUCGAUCAGCUGGCAGGCAAACUGCGGCCCCUUCAUCUCUGCUAUCAUAGGAGAUGAUGAUGCCAAGGGCGUCGCUGACACUCUCCGAAAGCGAUCUAUGCCUGGUGCCGCUGAGGAGGAUGAGGUCGAGGCGGACGAAGAGGAAGGCGAGGACCUCUGCAACUGCACUUUCAAUUUGGCCUAUGGUGCUAAGAUUCUGUUGAAUCAGACUCACCUCCGCCUGAAGCGUGGACAGCGUUACGGUCUCCUUGGUCCCAACGGUUCCGGAAAGACUACCCUGAUGCGCGCCAUCAACAAUGAGCAAGUCGAGGGAUUUCCCAAGCAGAGUGAGGUCAAGACCGUCUACGUUGAGCACGAUCUUGACUCCGCCGACACUGAGCAGACUGUCAUCGACUGGACGAUGAAGAAAUUGAACUCAGUCGGUAUCGACAAGCCCAAGCCCGAGGUUGAGAACACCCUCGUCGAGUUCGGGUUCAUGAAGGAUCAGCUGGAGGGUCCCAUCACUUCCCUCUCUGGUGGCUGGAAGAUGAAGCUUGCACUCGCUCGUGCUGUGUUCGAGGCACCCGACAUCCUCCUUCUUGACGAGCCGACCAACCACUUGGACGUCAAGAACGUUGCCUGGUUGGAAGACUACCUCAUCAACUCUCCCUGCACAUCUAUCGUCAUUUCCCACGACAGCAAGUUCCUGGACAACGUCAUCCAGCACGUCAUUCACUACGAGCGCUUCAAGCUGAAGAGGUAUCGUGGUAACCUGAGCGCAUUUGUCAAGCGUGUGCCAUCCGCCCGCUCCUAUCACGAGUUGUCUGCCUCCGACAUGGAGUUCAAGUUUCCUGAGCCCGGCUUCCUCGAAGGUGUUAAAACCAAGGCCAAGGCUAUUGUCCGUGUCACCAAUAUGAGCUUCCAGUACCCGGGAACCUCAAAACCUCAAAUCUCAGACAUCAGCUUCCAGUGCUCGCUUGGUUCUCGUAUUGCUGUCAUUGGUCCUAACGGUGCCGGCAAGUCUACCCUUGUAAAUGUCCUGACUGGUGAACUCGUCCCUACUUCCGGCGAGCUCUACCAGCACGAGAAUAUCCGCAUCGCAUACAUCAAGCAGCAUGCCUUCGCCCAUAUCGAUCACCAUUUGGACAAGACACCCUCUGAGUACAUCCAGUGGCGUUUCCAGACUGGUGAAGACCGUGAGACCAUGGACCGUGCUAACAAGAUCGUCACCGAGGAGGACGAGAAAGCUAUGGACAAGAUCUACAAAAUCGAAGGAUCCUCUCGUCGCGUCAUUGGUAUCCACUCUCGUAGGAAGUUCAAGAACUCCUAUGAAUACGAGUGCUCGUUCGCGCUAGGUGAGAAUGUUGGACAGAAGAACGAAAAGUGGACGCCCAUGAUGACCGCCGACAAUGCCUGGAUUCCGCGAAGCGAGAUUCUCUCUUCCCACUCCAAGAUGGUUGCUGAGGUCGAUCAGAAGGAGGCUCUCGCCAGCGGUCAGUUCCGACCUCUGGUCCGAAAGGAAAUUGAGCAGCACUGCACCAAUUUUGGUCUCGACGCUGAGUUGGUUUCCCACUCCCGCAUGCGUGGUCUCUCUGGUGGUCAGCGUGUUAAGGUCGUCCUUGCUGCUUGCUCAUGGCAGCGACCCCACUUGAUCGUCCUUGACGAGCCGACCAACUAUCUCGAUCGGGAUUCCCUUGGUGCGCUGUCGAAGGCUCUGAAGGCAUUCGAAGGUGGUGUCAUCAUCAUCACCCACUCUGCCGAGUUCACCAAGAACUUGACGGAGGAGGUCUGGGCGGUCAUGGACGGCAAGAUGACUCCUUCAGGCCACAACUGGGUCCAGGGUCAAGGCAGUGGUCCUCGUCUACAAGAGAAGGGCGACGAGGAGGAGAAGUUUGACGCCAUGGGUAACAAGAUCUCUGGCGGUAAUAAAAAGAAGAAGCUGUCGUCGGCAGAGAUGCGCAAGAAGAAGAAGGAACGCAUGGCACGCCGCAAGCGUGGCGAGGAGGUAUUCUCUGACGAGGACGACUAAACGGUGCAGAUGCGAUGAUUCCCUUUAGUUUAUGGUUCCACGAUGCAUUGUGCAGGCUCUGUCAGGAUAUCUAGAUGCCCUUAUGAAACUGUAAUGGCUGUAGGUGAAGGUCAUGGCUGGCGUCUGGGUACAACUAAAAGUCCAUCAACGGGGCUGUCUGUUUGAUUUCGUCUAGGAGAAGAUAGACAUAGAUUUCGAUACCAC